AUGCGCUACCCCAACUGGCUCGAAAUGAGGACACAAAAAUUGAAAGAUUUAGUAACUUUGCAAGAUGCAGAAGAAGACACAGACCAUCUCCUACCUCAUCACAACGAGCGAAAAGAUGCCAGGAUUGACUCGAACUCUCAACAAAAUUCACAUGGCUCUCUUUUCACCAGAGUUGUCAUUAACCUUCUCGUGGUGCUCAUUGCAUUAGCGGCCAUGAUCCUUCUCCUUCUUUUCCAGAUUUACAUGCAAGAUUCAAAUUGUUACGGUAAAUUUGAAAAAGGAUUCGACACUGACCUUGUCGCUGCCAAAGGUCAGAUAGAACUACAACAAGUCCUCUUCACUGGUGGGAUUCACUUUAACCCCGAUGGAAGUGUAUAUAUAAAGGACACACCGGGGCCGAAGUAUGUGGGCUCUCCAUCACCAGAGAUUGACAAGGCAUGGGAUGAGUUGCUAUAUGGCCAAAUUGUGAACCUACCUGAAUCCCAAGUGCCCGAUGUCAAAGACAGGACGUUUUUCCGCACUGAGUACCAGGCCUAUGAAACCGGGUUGGAUUCCGUUCAUCAAUUGCACUGCAUAAACCAAAUGCGCAAAGCUUAUUCACCAGAAUACUACCCCAACUUAGAUUUGAGUCCACACGGGACAAAGAUUCACAUAGACCACUGUUUGGAUUAUCUCCGGCAGAGCAUUCAGUGUGGUGCAGACAUGACACCCGUUGUCUUGUACUACGAGCCCGCGAUCAAUAUGUCUCUCCCCAAUUUCGAACAAGUUCACACAUGCAGAAACUGGGACAAAUUGCACGCCUGGUCUGUUGCAGCUGCGGAUGCAAGUCCUCGCGACCAAGGGUCUGAACACGAUGGACAUGGAAGUCAUAUUGGACAUGCAGGUCAUAUAUAG